UGUGCUGUUCACAGAGAAUGUUUUUAAGUGUUGUACAGAAGAGGAGGAAAAACUACUUGUGCUCUUCCUACUGUGACUUUUAUCAUAGAGCUUUGAAUUUAGUAUUUUAAAAGAGCGAAUGAGUCGAGUGUGUAUUGUUGUUUUGGAGGAGGUAGAAGAUGAAUCUCCUGCAUUCAUUUCUAAAUUGCCACAGGAAAGUAAAUGCCUACAUUCUCUGCCUUCUGGAAAUGUAUUGCCAUCACUGGUGCAAGCAAUAUUUAACGGAGAUCCUGAUGAAGUUCGUGCACUAAUAUUUAAGAAAGAAGAUGUUAACUUUCAGGACAAUGAAAAGAGAACUCCAUUGCAUGCUGCUGCCUAUCUUGGAGAUGCAGAAAUCAUUGAACUGCUUAUUUUAUCUGGAGCUAGAGUUAAUGCCAAAGACAGCAAAUGGUUGACACCUUUACACAGAGCAGUUGCAUCUUGUAGUGAGGAAGCAGUUCAGGUACUUUUGAAGCAUUCUGCUGAUGUUAAUGCUCGAGACAAAAACUGGCAAACCCCUUUACACAUAGCUGCUGCUAAUAAAGCUGUAAAGUGUGCCGAAGCUUUGGUGCCUCUUCUGAGUAAUGUAAACGUAUCUGAUCGAGCAGGGAGAACUGCGUUACAUCAUGCAGCUUUCAGUGGACAUGGUGAGAUGGUUAAAUUACUCCUGUCUAGAGGUGCCAAUAUUAAUGCUUUUGACAAGAAAGAUAGGCGUGCUAUCCAUUGGGCAGCAUAUAUGGGUCACAUUGAAGUAGUGAAAUUACUUGUGGCACAUGGAGCUGAAGUGACAUGCAAGGAUAAGAAGUCUUACACACCUCUUCAUGCAGCAGCCUCAAGUGGAAUGAUCAGUGUCGUCAAAUACCUUCUAGAUCUUGGAGUUGAUAUGAAUGAACCAAAUGCCUAUGGAAAUACACCUCUUCAUGUAGCCUGCUAUAAUGGACAGGAUGUUGUAGUGAAUGAACUAAUAGAUUGUGGUGCUAAUGUAAAUCAAAAGAAUGAGAAAGGAUUUACUCCUUUGCACUUUGCUGCUGCAUCAACACAUGGAGCAUUGUGUUUAGAGCUUCUAGUUGGCAAUGGGGCUGAUGUCAAUAUGAAGAGCAAAGAUGGGAAAACCCCACUGCACAUGACUGCACUCCAUGGUAGAUUCUCCAGAUCACAAACCAUUAUCCAGAGUGGAGCUGUAAUUGACUGUGAGGAUAAGAAUGGCAACACCCCUUUGCACAUAGCAGCUCGGUAUGGCCAUGAGCUGUUAAUCAACACUCUUAUUACAAGUGGUGCUGACACUGCAAAGCGGGGCAUACAUGGAAUGUUUCCCCUCCAUUUGGCAGCCUUAAGUGGUUUUUCAGAUUGCUGCAGAAAACUUCUUUCUUCAGGAUUUGAUAUAGAUACCCCAGAUGAUUUUGGCAGGACCUGUCUCCAUGCAGCUGCAGCUGGAGGAAAUUUGGAGUGCCUAAACCUUCUGCUGAAUACUGGUGCAGACUUCAACAAAAAGGACAAAUUUGGAAGAUCUCCACUGCAUUACGCUGCUGCCAACUGCAAUUACCAGUGCCUGUUUGCUCUUGUGGGGUCAGGAGCAAGUGUGAAUGACCUUGAUGAAAGAGGCUGCACACCCCUGCACUAUGCAGCUACAUCAGACACAGAUGGCAAGUGCCUGGAAUACUUACUAAGAAAUGAUGCAAAUCCAGGGAUUCGGGACAAGCAAGGAUACAACGCAGUUCAUUAUUCUGCUGCUUAUGGUCACCGCCUAUGUCUUCAGCUGAUUGCAAGUGAAACUCCUUUAGACGUUUUAAUGGAAACCUCGGGGACAGAUAUGCUGAAUGAUUCAGACAACAGAGCAACAAUAAGCCCUUUACACUUGGCUGCCUAUCAUGGUCAUCAUCAAGCACUGGAAGUGUUGGUUCAGUCUUUGUUAGAUCUUGAUGUGAGAAAUAGUAGUGGAAGAACACCCUUGGAUCUUGCAGCAUUUAAGGGCCAUGUUGAAUGUGUGGAUGUACUUAUUAAUCAGGGAGCCUCAAUCUUAGUAAAAGAUUACGUUUUAAAAAGAACACCUAUACAUGCUGCAGCAACAAAUGGUCAUUCAGAAUGUUUGCGACUAUUAAUAGGAAAUGCAGAACCACAGAAUGCAGUAGAUAUUCAGGAUGGAAAUGGACAGACUCCUCUGAUGCUGUCUGUUCUCAAUGGGCACACGGACUGUGUUUACUCACUGUUGAACAAAGGAGCAAAUGUAGAUGCCAAAGACAAAUGGGGAAGGACAGCAUUACAUAGAGGGGCAGUUACAGGCCAUGAAGAAUGUGUAGAUGCAUUACUUCAACAUGGUGCUAAGUGCUUACUUCGGGAUAGCAGGGGCCGGACACCAAUACACUUGUCAGCUGCCUGUGGACACAUUGGUGUUCUUGGAGCCCUUUUGCAGUCAGCAGCAUCUAUGGAUGCAAAUCCAGCCAUAGCAGACAAUCAUGGAUAUACGGCACUUCACUGGGCUUGCUACAAUGGUCAUGAGACUUGUGUAGAACUUCUUUUAGAGCAGGAAGUUUUCCAGAAAAUGGAAGGAAAUGCUUUCAGUCCAUUACAUUGUGCUGUGAUAAAUGACAACGAAGGUGCUGCAGAGAUGUUAAUUGAUACAUUAGGUGCCAGCAUCGUGAACACCACAGAUUCAAAAGGAAGAACUCCUCUCCAUGCGGCCGCCUUCACAGACCAUGUAGAAUGUUUACAGCUGCUGCUCAGCCAUAAUGCUCAAGUCAAUUCUGUGGACUCCUCUGGAAAAACACCUCUUAUGAUGGCUGCAGAAAAUGGACAAACAAAUACAGUUGAGAUGCUGGUUAGCAGUGCUAGUGCAGAUCUGACUUUACAAGAUAACAGUAAAAACACUGCGCUCCAUUUAGCUUGCAGCAAGGGUCAUGAAACUAGUGCCUUGUUAAUACUGGAGAAGAUAACAGAUAGAAACCUCAUCAAUGCAACCAAUGCAGCCUUGCAAACACCUCUGCAUGUUGCUGCCCGAAAUGGGCUAACAAUGGUGGUUCAGGAACUUCUGGGGAAAGGAGCAAGUGUGCUUGCGGUAGAUGAAAAUGGCUACACCCCAGCAUUGGCCUGUGCUCCUAAUAAGGAUGUGGCUGAUUGCCUGGCUCUCAUUUUGGCCACCAUGAUGCCUGUCUCAUCAAGUAGCCCUUUAUCAUCCCUGACAUUCAAUUCCAUUAACCGAUAUACCAACACCUCAAAAACUGUCAGCUUUGAAGCCUUGCCCAUCAUGAGGAAUGAACCUAGCUCCUAUUGCAGUUUCAACAACAUUGGUGGGGAACAGGAGUACUUAUACACUGAUGUGGAUGAGCUCAAUGACUCCGAUUCCGAGACCUACUAAGAGGCUGAGCCGGAGGUCUAGGAGGGCAUUCUGAUACUAAAGCUUCAGACUGUGCUUUUUCAGGAAAAAAGGCCCUUUCUUUUUCACAUGCAGAUUCAACCUAAGAGGAAAGAGCGCAAAGUGAACGAAUGUAAGAGAUGUGAUGACAUUAGGAAGAAGAGUUAUAAAGGCAAGUUUUGCAAAAGGAUCUUCUAGAAUCUUGAAAUAGACUUGACCAGAACAAAACACUUUGUCACAUUGCUUUGUGGAAUUGUUUAAUUUGGUUUUGCAGUGCCAGGAAUAAUUUAGGACACUGUGCACCCUAAUCUGCUUACACAAGAAACACUAUUGUAAAAGAAGAGAUAUGGACACUAGAUUUAAAUUUUCUCAAUUAAACUAUGACUAAAUUUAAAG